AUGGGAGGGGUGACGUCAUCAAUGGCUGCAAAGCUGGCUUUUUUCCCGCCGACCCCGCCGAGCUACAAACUGAUUACCGAUGACGCCACGGGCCUGCUCCUGCUGCAGCCCUUCCCUCAUCGCGAAAACGUCGACGUAUUGAAGCUCCCGACGCGGCGGGGCACGGAGAUCGUGGCCGUCUACGUGCGGUACCCCAUGGCGAGUUCCACUCUGCUUUACUCGCACGGCAACGCGGCGGAUAUCGGCCAGAUGUACGAGCUCUUUAUUGAGCUCAGCAUUCAUCUCAGAGUUAAUCUCCUGGGGUAUGACUAUUCGGGCUAUGGGCAAUCAACCGGAAAGCCGAGCGAACAUAACACUUAUGCAGAUAUUGAAGCAGCAUAUAAGUGUCUGGAAGAGAACUAUGGGGCUAAGCAAGAAGACAUCAUACUAUAUGGUCAAUCUGUGGGUAGUGGACCUACUGUAGACCUUGCAGCUCGUUUGCCUCAUCUGAGAGCUGUUGUUUUGCAUAGUCCUAUUUUGUCGGGCCUAAGAGUUAUGUACCCUGUGAAGCGCUCAUAUUGGUUUGACAUCUAUAAGAACAUUGACAAAAUCCCCUUGGUCAAAUGCCCUGUCCUUGUUAUUCAUGGCACUGCAGAUGAUGUGGUUGACUACUCCCACGGAAAGCAGCUUUACGAACUGUGCCGAGAAAAAUACGAACCCUUGUGGAUCAAGGGUGGUAACCACUGUGACCUGGAGCUGUAUCCUGAGUACAUCAAACACCUCAAAAAGUUUGUCCACACAGUCGAAAAACCUCCGUCUCAACGACACGUGUCAAGAAGAAGCAUCGACCGUCCUGAACGUUCCAGAAGGAGCACCGACUGUAUUGAAGCACCGAGAAAGAGCACCGACAGGAGAGAAAAGCCAAGACGGAGCACGGACAGGCCUGAAAGGCUGAGAACCUUCGAGUACAAGUUCCACAGCAACAAUAAUGAGGACAAGCUGUCCAAGUUAAAAGUAUCGUUUGAGCAAAUGGAAAGAUCUAGAAGAAGUGUGGAGUACCACGAGAAGUCCCGGAUGAGUAUUGAUAUUCAGAUGGAGAAGGCCCGGAAGAGUGUCGACUGGCUGGAUAGGAUACGAGCCACAUGA